AUGGUGACCACGUUUGGUAACUACGGGGAGAGUGGGAUGGAGGCCUUCAAGGAUAUGGCUGCCAAGGAGGGCAUCUGCAUCGCCCACUCUGGUAAGAUCUGGAGCAACGCGGGGGAGAAGAGUUUUGAUAGGCUGCUGGAGCGUCUCAGAACCCACCUGCCCAAAGCCAGGGUGGUAGCCUGCUUCUGUGAGGGCAUGACAGUCAGGAACAUCCUCAUGGCCAUGAGACGGCAGGGACUGGUGGGGGAGCUCCUACUGGUCGGCAGUGAUGGCUGGGCGGACCGGUACGAUGUGACAGAUGGGUACGUGCGCGAGGCGGCGGGCGGAAUCACCAUCAAGCUGCAGUCAGCUGACGUGAAGUGGUUUGAUGAGUACUACCUGAAGCUGCGGCCAGACAACAACCUGAGAAACCCCUGGUUCCCUGAGUUCUGGCAACAUCGCUUCCACUGUAAGCUGAAGGGACACCCACAGGAGAGCCUCAAGUACAACCGCACCUGCAGCAAGCGGGAGUCAUUGCGACAGCAGUAUGCCCAGGACACUAAGAUGGGCUUUGUGAUCAAUGCCAUCUACUCCAUGGCCUAUGGGCUCCAUAACAUGCAGCGCUCACUCUGCCCAGGGUACCAGGGGCUGUGUGAUGCCAUGCGACCUAUAGAUGGUUCCACACUGCUGGACUUCCUGAUGAAGACCAACUUCACAGGCGUGUCUGGAGAGGGCAUCCUGUUUGACGAGAACGGAGACUCGCCUGGCCGAUAUGAGAUCAUGAACUUUAAGAAGAUGGGACAGGACUACUAUGACUAUAUUAACGUAGGGAGCUGGGACAACAGUGGGCUGAAGAUCGAUGAUGAUGAAAUCUGGGCCAGCAAGGACACCAUCAUCAAAUCAGUCUGCAGCGAACCCUGUGACAAGGGACAGAUAAAGGUGAUCCGUAAAGGAGAGGUGAGCUGCUGCUGGACCUGCACUCCCUGUAAGGAGAAUGAGUUUGUGUUUGAUGAGUACACCUGCCGAGCCUGUGACCUGGGCUCCUGGCCCACCUUCCACCUCACAGGCUGUGACCCUAUCCCAGUGGAGUACCUGCGUUGGGGGGACCCAGAGCCCAUUGCUGCUGUGGCAUUUGCUUGUUUGGGACUCUGUGCCACAUUCUUCGUCACCUCCGUCUUCAUCAGGUUCCGGGACACUCCGGUGGUGAAGUCGUCCAGCAGAGAGCUUUGUUACAUCAUCCUGGCUGGGAUCUGUCUGGGUUAUCUGUGUACCUUCAGUCUCAUCGCCAAGCCCCACGCUGCACACUGCUACCUACAGAGACUGGGCAUAGGCCUGUCCCCUGCCAUGAGCUACUCUGCCCUGGUCACCAAGACUAACCGUAUAGCCCGUAUCCUGGCUGGCAGUAAGAAGAAGAUCUGUACUAGGAAGCCCAGGUUCAUGUCUGCAUGCGCCCAGCUCAUCAUCGCCUCUCUACUCAUCCUGCUGCAGCUGGGCAUCAUAGUGGCUCUCUUCCUCAUGGAGCCCCCACAGGUGAUCCACGACUAUCCCAGCAUCCGGCAGGUCAAUCGCAUCUGUUACACCACCAACCUGGGCGUGGUGGCGCCGCUGGGCUACAACGGCCUGCUGAUCCUGAGCUGCACCUUCUACGCCUUCAAGACGCGCAACGUCCCGGCCAACUUCAACGAGGCCAAGUACAUCGCCUUCACCAUGUACACCACCUGUAUCAUCUGGCUGGCCUUCGUGCCCAUCUACUUCGGUUCCAACUACAAGAUCAUCACCAUGUGCUUCAGCGUCAGCCUCAGUGCCACUGUGGCGCUCUGCUGCCUGUUCGUACCCAAGGUGUAUAUCAUCCUGGCCAAGCCAGAGCGUAACGUACGCAGUGCUUUCACUACGAGCACGGUAGUACGCAUGCACGUGGGUGAUGGGAAGUCCUCCUCGGCCGCCAGCCGCUCCUCCAGCCUGGUCAAUCUCUGGAGGCGACGCUGCUCCGCUGGAGAGACACUCAGUUCCAAUGGGAAGUCAGUAUCCUGGGCCCAGACGGAGCGGGGUUCCCGUGGAAACCACCUGUGGCAGCGCCUGUCGUUCCACAUCAAGAGGAAGGAGAACAAUCAGACAGCUGUCAUUAAGCCCUUCUCCAAGACCCCCGAGGGGCGCUACAGUGGGGGCGCUGACCUUCACCCCCACAUGCCGUCCCUCCCCCACUCCCACCCUGAUGCAGACAAGACCCUGUACGAGCUCACAGAGGCAGAGGAGAGAUACACCGAGGAGAGAUACCCAAUUACCUACCGGCCCCAGACCCCUUCACCAAUCAGUACUGUCAGCCAGCACCUGCAUAGGGCGGGACUAAGGGAGGAGCCGCUUGUGAUGGGUGUACCGACCUCCCUGACCGGGGGUUCUGUCGGCGGGGGUGAUGUGUUUGACAGUUCUCUGAUGGAUCAGAUCAGCUGCGUGGUCAAUCGUUUCACUGCCAACAUCAGCGAACUCAACAGCAUGAUGCUCUCCCCGUCUCCCACACACUCACACACAUACUCUCACACACACACCCUGACGCCCUCCCACCCUGCAGACCCCUUCCUCCUCCCCCGGGAGAUCCCCCUCCCCCUCACCAUGACCACAUACGCUGACGUCCAGCCCCUUCCCCUUGUCGAGUCCUACGUAGGUGGACACGCCAGCCUCACUCACCCCCUGCCUCACCCUCGCCUCCUAACUCACCCUCAGGCCUCCCACUCUCCGGUGCGACACCUCACUGUGGGAGUGGAGUCCCCUCUAAGGAGGGCAGAGCUGGAGGAGGAGCUAAUGAAUUUGACCCCGCCCUCACCCUUCCGUGAUUCGCUGGGGUCAGGAAGUGGCUCCCCGGUCUCAGAGUCCACCCUGUGUCUUCCCCCGCCCUCGUCCCCUCCGCCCAAAUACGAAAUGCUGACCCUGAGAAACUACAGCCAGAGCUCUUCCUCACUGUGAGAGAGAGAUGAGAGGCGAUGAGGAGGAGAGUGGAAGGACAGAGAAGGAGAGGGACCCUGGAAAAAACAGUCUCUUGGGGAGAUAAUGGUGAUGGCUACCUUGUGAUAGUGGGAGGAGAGGAUGAGAGGAAGAGACGAGGAGAGGAGGAGAGGUGGAGAGGUGUAGAGGUGGAGAGGAUGAGAGGAAGAGAGGACGAGAUGAGGAGAUGAGGAGAGGAGGAGAGGAUGAGAGGAAGAGAGGACGAGAUGAGGAGAUGAGGAGAGGAGGAGAGGAUGAGAGGAAGAGAGGAGGAGAGGACGAGAAGAGGAGAGGAGGAGAGGACCCGAGGAGAUUGACCAGUCCCUUAGAGAGAUGAAAGCCUUGUACUGGCUAGGAGGGACAGGAACAGGACACAUCAUCGUGUGAUGUCAUUGGACGGUGACCUGCAGUGUUUGUGUUUACAUGUGUUCAGUGAGCAGCGAGGUAUAACGUGAUGAUUGUAUUUUUUUGUUGUUGAUAUUCCGGGGUGAGAACAAGGACUACAAAAAUACUUCUAGUGUUUUGGUGUUCAAACGUAUGGCCAGAAGUCUCUCCAUAGAGGUGUGUUUGGUCAUUGUUUUGGUAGUGGCCUUAAACUAAAAUGGCUGUCAACUAAUUAGAGAUGUUUAUUGUGGGCAGCAUGGAGGUAGGGACACAUGUGGACCUACUGAGUGUUAAAGACACUAACCUCACAGGACUAACCAGCUGCUGCCAUGGACACACAUGGAGUAACCAUAAGGGCUGGGCAGAGCAACUAUGGCCACUGGCACACCAACACACACACGCACGCACAACUGCACACCUCCACACACACACACAUAAACACUUGCAUAUUGGCUGUUGUAGGGGAAAGUGUAAAUACAAAAAUAUCUUGGAUGGUAUCUUAAUAGCAGAUGAUUCUGUUUAUAUAUACCAUGUAUAGUAUGAAAACCUCCAGUGGGGUUCGGACUUCUCUCUCGCUGUAUAGUCUGAUCUGAGUACAGUGUGUGUUUAAUCUUUCUAUUGAUUUAACAGAGACCUUGCUGUUCACAUUCACACAGACUAACUAUCGCCUCAGGGUCCGGAGCAGUAUUCUCUCUCUCCCUGUCUCUAACUCUCUCUCUCUCCCUGUCUCUAACUCUCUCUCUCUCUCCCUGUCUCUAAAUCUCUCUCUCUCUCUCUCUCUCUCUGUCUCUGUCUCUGUCUCUGUCUCUGUCUCUGUCUCUGUCUCUCUCUCUCUCCCUGUCUCUCUCUCUGUCUCCCUGUCUCUCUCUCUGUCUCCCUGUCUCU